AUGGGUUCAGCAGGGCCUGCAAAAAUGGAUUUCACGAGCUUCUAUAAUACGAUCGAUGGCAAGCUUACAACGACGUCAGCAACUCGUCAUGGCAUCAACCCAGCCAACAAGAAGCCCAACGCCGAAGUCCCAGUCUCAACCCAGGCUGAUCUAGAUAACGCAGUCGCAGCCGCAAGAAUUGCUUUCAACAAAUGGUCCAAGACCACAUUUGAAGAGCGUAGAAAGGCUCUUCAUGGCUAUGCAGAUGGUGUCGAAUAUUACAAAGAGGACUUUGCACAUCUUCUGGUUGCUGAACAAGGGAAGCCAUUAGAUCAAGCUCGAGGCGAAGUUGGGGCCGCCGUAUCCUUCCUUAGGGCCCUUUCCUCGCUGAGUAUGAACGAGGAAGUCCUUGAGGACACGGAGACGCACAAGAUUAUUGGCCGGUAUACCCCUAUAGGCGUUGCAGGUGGGAUUGUCCCCUGGAAUUACCCGGUUCUCCUGGCUUGUGGGAAGAUUGCAUCUGCCAUUUAUACUGGAAAUUCACUUAUAGUCAAGCCAUCUCCUUUCACCCCCUAUUGUAGCCUAAAGUUAGGCGAGUUAGGGUUGCAAUACUUCCCUCCCGGCGUCUUGCAAGUUCUUAGCGGUGGGGAUGAUCUAGGGCCAAUGAUGACAGCCCAUUCGGGAAUCGACAAGAUAAGCUUCACCGGCUCAAUUGCGACGGGAAAGAAAGUUAUGGAAAGUUGUGCAAAGACACUGAAAAGAGUGACCCUGGAGCUGGGCGGAAAUGAUGCAGCUGUUGUGUGUGAAGAUGUAGACCUUGAAGAAGUCGUCCCAAAGAUCGUUCAGGCUUGUUUCUACUGCUCCAGCCAAAUCUGCAUGAUGAUUAAACGGUUGUAUGUCCAUGAGAAGAUAUAUGACCAGUUCCGUGAUGCCUUGGUUAAACAUACCGCGGCGUUAAAGAUGGGGGAAGGCCAUGAACCCGACGCCUUUAUCGGCCCAAUCCAAAAUAAUAUGCAAUAUGAGCAAGUUAAGUCACUCAUCAAGGCUAUUAAGAAAGAAGGGGCUAAGCCGAUCCUUGGUGGAGAGGUUGAAGAGUCGGAAGGCUACUUCAUUAAGCCUACUAUCGUUGAUAAUCCCCCAGACAUAUCUCUUGCUGUGACUGAGGAACCAUUCGGUCCUGUCCUUCCUCUCCUCAGAUGGUCUGACGAAGACGACGUUAUUACUCGUGCAAAUGACUCGAAGAUGGGUCUUGGGGCAUCGGUAUGGAGCAAGGACCUAGUCCGCGCUGAGAGAAUCGUGAGGCAGUUUGAUUCUGGAGUGGCCUGGAUUAACUCCCAUUUCAACAUUUCUCCUAAUGUUCCAUUUGGAGGACAUAAAUGGAGUGGUAUUGGAACCGAAUUCGGUUUGAACGGGCUGAAGGAAUAUUGUAACCAUCAAUCCCUUUGGCUGGCGAAGAAAUAA